AUGUCUUCCCCUGCCAAGAUGAUCCGCCGCAAGAAGAACGUGAAGAAGGGAAUCCAGUUCUGUUUGAUGGUCUGCGGAGCAUCAGGUACUGGCAGAACCACCUUCGUCAACACUCUCUGCGGAAAGUCUGUGAUCGGCCACAAGGACUCCGAUGACCCCAACGGCGCCCAUGUCGAGGACGGCGUCAAGAUCAAGCCCAUGACAGUUGAGCUCGAGCUCGAUGAGGAGGGCACGCGGAUCUCCCUCACCAUUGUUGAUACCCCUGGUUUUGGUGACCAAGUCGACAACGAGGCCAGUUUCUCUGAAAUUGUUGGGUACCUCGAGAGACAAUACGACGACAUUCUAGCCGAGGAGUCGCGUAUCAAGCGUAACCCUCGCUUCAGAGACAACCGAGUUCACGCCCUGCUCUACUUCAUCACCCCCACCGGCCAUGGUCUCCGCGAGCUGGAUAUCGAGCUGAUGAAGCGCCUGGCGCCUCGCGUCAACGUCAUCCCCGUCAUCGGUCGCGCAGACUCCCUGACCCCCGGCGAGCUGGCCGAAUCGAAGAAGCUGGUCAUGGAGGACAUCGAGCACUACCGUAUCCCGGUCUACAACUUCCCAUACGACAUCGAGGAGGACGACGAGGACACGGUCGAGGAGAACGCCGAGCUUCGAGGCCUCAUGCCAUUCGCUAUUGUCGGGUCGGAGGAUGCAGUUGAGAUCGGUGGCCGCACGGUCCGGGCCCGUCAGUACCCAUGGGGUGUUGUGGAGGUUGACAACCCUCGCCACUCGGACUUCCUCGCCAUUCGAUCCGCAUUGCUGCACAGCCAUCUUGCCGACCUGAAGGAGAUCACCCACGACUUCCUCUACGAGAACUACCGUACCGAGAAGCUGUCCAAGAGCGUGGAGGGUGGUGCUGGAGUCGACUCUUCAAUGAACCCCGAGGACCUGGCUUCCCAGUCCGUCCGUCUCAAGGAGGAGCAGCUCCGCCGCGAGGAGGAGAAGCUGCGCGAGAUCGAGAUCAAGGUCCAGCGCGAGAUCAACGAGAAGCGCCAGGAACUCCUUGCCCGGGAGUCUCAGCUCCGCGAGAUCGAGGCUCGCAUGCAACGAGAGCAAGCCGGAUCUUCAGGAACACCGGUUCCCGAUGCCAACGGCGACGCCGAGGCUUGA